UGUGAGCCCAGCUCUGUCCUUUUCCUCAUGACUUUGAAAAAGAGCAUGACCUCAGAAUCAGGUAUAUCUGGGUUUGAAUGCUGACUGCUGCUUAAUAGCUAUAUGGCCCUAGCAAAUGGUUAUGAGCCUUAGAGUUUCUGAACUCCAAGUACUGUUGGGCUACGCUGGGAGAAACAAGCACGGACGCAAACACGAACUUCUCACGAAAGCCCUGCACUUGCUAAAGGCUGGCUGUAGUCCUGCUGUACAAAUGAAAAUUAAAGAACUCUACAGGCGGCGGUUCCCACAGAAAAUCAUGACGCCCGCAGACUUGUCCAUCCCCAACGUACACUCAAGUCCCAUGCCAGCCACUUUGUCUCCAUCUACCAUUCCACAGCUCACUUACGACGGUCACCCUGCAUCUUCACCAUUACUCCCUGUUUCUCUUCUGGGACCUAAACACGAACUGGAACUCCCACAUCUAACGUCAGCUCUUCACCCAGUCCAUCCGGAUAUAAAACUUCAAAAAUUACCAUUUUAUGAUUUAUUGGAUGAACUGAUAAAACCCACCAGUCUAGCAUCAGACAACAGUCAGCGCUUUCGAGAAACCUGUUUUGCAUUUGCCUUGACACCACAACAAGUGCAGCAAAUCAGUAGCUCCAUGGAUAUUUCUGGGACCAAAUGUGACUUCACAGUGCAGGUCCAGUUAAGGUUUUGCUUAUCAGAAACCAGUUGUCCACAGGAAGAUCACUUCCCACCCAAUCUCUGUGUGAAAGUGAAUACAAAACCUUGCAGCCUUCCAGGGUACCUUCCACCUACAAAAAAUGGUGUGGAACCAAAGCGACCCAGCCGACCAAUUAAUAUCACCUCACUUGUUCGAUUGUCCACAACAGUACCAAACACAAUUGUUGUUUCUUGGACUGCAGAAAUUGGAAGAAACUAUUCCAUGGCAGUGUAUCUUGUAAAACAGUUGUCCUCUACAGUUCUUCUUCAGAGGUUACGAGCAAAGGGAAUAAGGAACCCGGAUCAUUCUAGAGCUCUAAUAAAAGAGAAGUUAACUGCGGAUCCAGACAGUGAAAUAGCUACAACAAGCCUAAGAGUUUCUCUGCUGUGUCCACUUGGUAAAAUGCGACUGACAAUUCCAUGUCGGGCCCUGACGUGUUCUCAUCUGCAGUGUUUUGAUGCAACUCUUUAUAUUCAGAUGAAUGAGAAGAAGCCAACCUGGGUCUGUCCUGUCUGCGAUAAGAAGGCCCCAUAUGAACACCUUAUUAUUGAUGGCUUGUUUAUGGAAAUCCUAAAGUACUGCACAGACUGUGAUGAAAUCCAGUUUAAAGAGGAUGGCUCGUGGGCGCCGAUGAGGUCAAAAAAAGAGGUCCAGGAAGUGUCAGCCUCUUACAAUGGCGUUGACGGAUGUUUGAGCUCCACACUGGAGCACCAGGUGACUUCUCACCACCAGUCCUCAAACAAGAACAAGAAGGUGGAGGUGAUUGACCUAACUAUUGACAGUUCAUCUGAUGAAGAGGAGGAAGAGCCAUCUGCCAAGAGGACCUGUCCCUCCCUGUCACCCACAUCACCACUAAAUAAUAAAGGCAUUCUGAGUCUUCCACACCAAGCAUCCCCAGUGUCCCGCACCCCGAGCCUUCCAGCUGUUGAUACAAGCUACAUCAACACCUCACUCAUCCAGGACUACAGGCACCCUUUCCACAUGACACCCAUGCCUUAUGACUUACAAGGAUUAGAUUUCUUUCCUUUCUUAUCAGGAGACAAUCAGCAUUACAACACCUCCCUGCUGGCCGCCGCCGCCGCUGCCGUGUCAGAUGACCAGGACCUACUGCACUCGUCCCGCUUCUUCCCAUACGCCUCUUCACAGAUGUUCCUGGACCAACUGAGUGCAGGGGGCAGCACCUCCCUGCCCACCACCAAUGGGAGCAGCAGUGGCAGCAACAGCAGUCUCGUGUCCUCCUCUAGCCUGCGGGAGGGCCAUGGCCACAGUGGCUCGAGCAGGAGCGGCACAGACACGGCGUCCAUCUUCGGCAUCAUCCCAGACAUUAUCUCGUUGGACUGAGCCCACCACGGCAUCCCCCCAGAUGAGAUGGACUGGCAGAAAGGGGAGAACUUCGUGCUGUCUUACCUUGUUAUGUCAGAAAAGUUCACAAGCGUGUUUUUUCCUUUUUUUAGGGAAAAAAUUAAAAGAAAUGUACAGAGAACAAAACUAUAUUUUCAGUUUUACUUUUGUAUAUAAAUCUAAGACUGCCUGUCUGAUAAAACACUUGUUUAAAAAAAA